AUGGCGAAAGCGGCUGUUUCUACCAAGGAAACGACAAACUACGCCCGGUUGUGUCGCCUGCUGUUGGACGUGGGUUCAGAAGUAUUAAGAGAUACAUUCGAUAGACGGCGUCCAAUAGGAAGCCUUGACAAAGUUUUGACAACUCCUCCAGUAAUUAAUAAGCUUACUUCCUUAAGAAAGAAACGAAUUCUCAACCAGGCGCAGUGGGCGAUAAUCAAUUCACCGUCUGUGUCAGCGAAGCAAUUUGACAUUUCCUUGCUAGCUGUUCUUCUUAAGAAUAUUUGUGGUCUCUCUCCACCGGCAUCAGGCUGGAACACUCUUCCACACGCAGGAGUCAAUACAGAGGCAGCCGACAUUGCCCGUAUCACGAUCCACCGGAACGAAGUAUUUGCCCACGCCAAACAGGCCUCUAUUGAUGACGUAUUAUUCGAACAACAUUGGAUAAAUAUCAAGGAAGCUUUGGUGAGACUCGGAGGAACCACUUAUGAGGCGACCAUUGAUAAAAUGAAAACCGAGGGAAUUGACCCUGAGAAGGAGCAAUAUUAUCAGCAGCUUCUGAGAGAAUGGAAGGAAAAUGAAGAAAGUGUCAUGGAAGAGCUUGGUAAAAUCAGUGGUCGUCUGGGGACCAUCGAUUGCAAAAUGCAAAAGUUAGACGAGAAGCUUGAUUUUGCGAUACCACCGACAUUAUCUGCAGAAGAUCUUGACGUUCAAGGUUAGCGCAUAAUGUUUUUUUAAACAUUCUCCUGAAAGCAGUGGUAGUUCCCAGCUUCCUUUCCUUGCUUAUGGCAAACUUUCUAUAUUAAGUCAUGCGCAACAUUCUGUUGGCUAUUAUGUUUUUUCCACUUUGCUAAUAUUAUGAAAAGACGUUGCUAAUUGCAUCAUAUGUUGUAUGUCCAAGUUAGUUUUUAUGUUCUUCGUGUGUUCCAAUCAUGCUAUUUAAUUGCCGAAGUGAUGUGCAAUUUCGUCUCAUCAGGAACUUUCGCUGCGUUCAUUCAUUCAUUCCUUUUAUUCAUUCAAUCAUUUACCUAUCUAUUUAAUUAUCUAACGGCAUCUUGAUCACAAACCUUGCAUGCAUAGAGUAUCAUGAGAAAUUAUGCGGGUUUUUAUUUCUUCGAUUGUCCUCGACCUGCAAAAAUUAGUUCUCGCAGGAAAAAAAAUUACGAAAGAUAAAAGGCUAAAAAGACCUUUUCCAUUUGAAUCUGCUUUCUUUAACCUUGAGUUACAGGCUAAAUUUCACAUAAUUCCACAAGAAAUUUCACUCAUUUCAAACAGAUAAAAUUCUCUCUAACUGCACUGAGGCACUUUUCUUUCGUUUUCCAGUUUGGACAGAGGCUAGCACCUCAGGUACUCUCUGAAAUAUACUAAAAAUACUCUUGCAGUGUCAGGUAAAAUUCUUGUGCAUUUAUCCAUUACAGAAUAUAAAAGUCGUCUAGAGAAGCUCUACAACAACUUAAGCCAAGUUAACAUCACCCCCUGGGAUCCUGACAACACUGUACACAUCGAUGAGAUUUACACAGAGCUGAUAUGGGUCAGGGCCAACCGGAAGCCAAGUGGGAAGAAAGAGGAGAAACUCGACGAUUAUUCCGACGUUUUAAGAGGGCUGAAAAGCAAUCCUUUCUCAAACAGAUUUCUUGUAUACGGAAUACCCGGGAUUGGAAAAUCUACCUUUGCUCAGAAAAUCGCUCUCGACUGGGCAAGAGGAAAAAAGGAAAUCCUUAGGAAGUUUGAUGUGCUGCUAAUGAUCCCAUUACGGAAUGUUUCCGACAGUUCAACUUUCCGUGACAUUUUGAUUGAAGCCAAGCUAUUUUCUACGGAAGAUCAAAGAUUCAUUGACGGUCUCAACAGGUACAUCCUUGAUCACCAAGAUAAAGUUUUGCUGGUUUUGGAUGGUUUUGACGAGUACAGCGCCAGCGGGACGCCUCCAGUGGUGCAUCGCAUUUGGAUGGGAGAUGAGCUCCGAGGGUGCUUUGUGAUUUUAACGACGCGACCAAUAAAGGAAGAUGAUACCAAACGAUUCAGCCACGCGCAGUUCCAGAUCAAAGGAUUCGACUGGGCUCGUAUCAAAGAGUUCGCGAUCAAAAUCCUGGAAGAUGAGCAACAAGUAGAGAUGUUUCUUAAUUACAUAAAGGAGCAUACAAUGAAAGAGAUUGCAGAAAUCCCCCUUCUUCUACUGAUGCUUUGUUUGGUCUGGAAGGAGAAAGAUCGCGAGGCGUUGCCGGAGGCAAAAGUACACCUGUACAUGGACUUCAUUCAAACUCUGUUCAAUCACAUGGCUGCAAAAGGCAACGAGGGAAGCUUUGAAAGCCUCGAUGAUUACAAAGGAGAUCUAGAACAAGUAGGAGAGCUGGCAUUUAAAGCUUUACUCAGCGAUUCUCUUGAGUUUGAUUAUGAACAUCUUCCUAUCGAACUUCUGAGUAGCAAAUUAAUCACCGUUGGCGUCAUUCAGAUCGUAAAGCUCUUCAGUGCAAAGCCAAAGAAGAAGGUUGCCUUUCUACAUAAAUCCAUUCAAGAGUUCUUGGCAGCUUGGUUUAUCAUUCAGAGGCUAGUUCCCUCUUCCAAUGACGAUCUCUCAUGCAUGCAAGUCAUAGAUUCCACCAGUAAAGUAGUCGACUUUCUAGAGGUCCUUAAGUUCGUCUGCGAAUGGUCACCGGAAGGUUCGAGAGCAGUAUUGCAGCACCUUGAACUUUUGAGAAAGAGCCAGAAUCCUUUCGAAGAUGAACUCAGCAAAACCCUGUUCCUGGAGGAUUUGCUGGAUGAUGACAAGAAAUUGUUAAAGCUAAGCUUAGAGAGCUUUAUUGCAACACCCAAUGAAUCAAAGGCAGAUGUCUACCCGUCACUUUUGAAAUCUGUGAGCGGCGUCUUAGUUAUACCAGACACACUCCUGCCUCAAGUGGCUGACGGCCAUAUUGUUAGGCCUAAUGCCCUUCUUAAUUGUGUUCUAUUCGAUUUCCAAAGGCAUCCAUCCCUGAAAGACCGCGAUUACAUGGCCUCCAUCAUGGACGAUCUUAAUUCGGUAAUCGUAACUACUUCAGAGGAAGGAAAGGCUUCGGAUUUCGUAAGAAGGCAGACCAAACUCGAAGUAUUGGCUUCUCUGUUCUUAAAGUGCAAGGAAAAUGAGAUGUGUCUUCAUUUCUCUCAGAUUUCCAGUGUUGUCAUCGGUGCAUUAAAUGAGGUUACACCACCAUUGAUGGGCACCAUUCAUCAGACACGCACGGAUCAUAAGGAAACAAGAGGCAGUGAUGGGGCGACCGAAGAGGAAAGACGAGCUCGCCGGCACUGCUUUUCAUUGGCGAAAAAAAUUGACAUCGAUGAAAUACCUGGCGAAGUCGUUCGUGUUAUUUGUAACGUUAUUCCCCUUCUUUCCAGACCCCGAGAGAUAGCGUUACGAAGCUUACACGAAUCCUCCAAGCCUCAUGAGAUUAAAUGCCUUGUGUCGGGAAUAAGCAUCACGGAAUGUCUUCAACGUUUGAGACUCCACAAAAUGUGCUUGAGUGCUCAAUCCUUGCCCUUUCUCACAGAUGGCUUUCAUAAGGCUAAUAACUUGCUAGAGCUGUACCUAUCGGAAAAUCCAUUGGGGAGCAGUAUUAGAUACCUGGUAGACAAUCUUCAUCAUGUGCAAAACCUGACUGUUUUGGAGUUGUCAAAUGUGCUUAUGGAUGGAAGAGCCUUCUCAGACCUUGCCAAUUCUUUGCGGCAUGUUCCUAAUUUGAAAGUACUUUCUGUGUCUCGAAACCAACUGGGAACAUCGAUCUCUGAUUUGGCAGAUAAUUUGGAGUACAUUCCUCACCUCACUGAUUUGGAACUGAGUAAUACACAAAUGGAUGAAGAAGGAGGAAGGGCCCUCGCAAACAACUUACAAGUUGUUUCAAAGUUAGAAAAUCUGGACAUUUCACACAAUCCCCUUGGAGGUGCAGUUGUUUUGAUUGCAGAUAAUCUUUACAAAGCAGCCUGUCUGACUGAGCUCAACAUGACUGACACAAAAAUGGGCGCCAAAGAGAUUACGGCAUUAACUAGCUCUCUAAGAUUCUUUCAAAAUCUUAGAAUGCUUUCCGUUGGUUACAAUCCAUUAGCACAAGGAGUGUGUGAUCUCGUCAAGAAUCUCUACAAGAUCUCAAAACUCAAGCGACUGAACUUGGAGAAUGUUGAGAUGGGCGAAGAGCAAGUAGAUUGUGUCAAAAACGCCUGGAAAAGAAACCAAAAUCUGGCCAUUGCCAAUGAUUAUUUUGUAAGUACCUGA